AUGGAAUUAGAAGAAAUGAUUCUUAUACAAGGAAUGAAUCAAUUGUUGAAAAGAUUUUCCUUGAUUCACACCUACACGACGAAAUGGUUUUCAUCACUAGAAGAAGUAAGCAAAGAAUAUUGCAGAAUUAAUUCUCUGAAGGAAUUUAAUUGCAUGAACACAGAAAAAAAAUUCUUACAUUGCCAAAUGCAAUUUUUAUUAAUUGAAGGAAUCAACCAUUUAUGUUUCACAUUUCUUACAAAAUCUUGUAAUCUCGACUCACUCAUCUUAACAAUAUAA